CAUUAGCUUCGUCUCCAAAGCAUCAGAAAGCCGGAGAACCCGUCGCUAAAGCGCCAGAUUCUUGCCUUCACUCCUUUAACCGUUCACGGUUCACACGCCGUUCGCGUUUUCUCUUUCGGACCCCUUUUCCCCUUUCAGCAAUCCGUCAAGAACAGAGGGCUCGGAGCACGAUCAAUCGGCGGAUCGGAGAAGAUGGGGAGCGAUCGACGAGUCGGCGUGGCCAUGGAUUUCUCCAGGAGCAGCAAGUGCGCCCUGCAAUGGGCCGUCGACAACCUCGCCGACAAGGGCGACACCCUCUACGUCGUCCACAUCAAGACCAACGCCGUCGACGAUUCCCACGAUCAGCUCUGGUCGAAGUCCGGCGCGCCUCUGAUUCCGUUGGCGGAGUUCCGAGAGCCGGAGGCCAUGAAGAAGUACCAUGUUCAGACCGACAUGGAGGUUUUGGACAUGCUCGACACGGCGUCGCGGCAGAAAGAGGUGACGAUCGUGACGAAGCUGUACUGGGGGGAUGCGCGAGAGAAGCUGCUUCAAGCGAUUGACGAUCUGAAGCUGGACUCUCUGGUCAUGGGAAGCAGGGGACUCGGCACCCUCAAAAGGAUAAUAUUGGGGAGCGUGACAAGCUACGUGACCAACCUCGCCCCUUGUCCCGUGACCGUCGUCAAAGAUCCUAGCUUCAACAAGAAAUGAUCAUCAUCGUCAUCGUCAUCGGCAUUCAUCACCAGGUCUCUUGAUGAAGAGGAUCUA